UGAAAGAUAUAUUAGUGAAAGGUGUAUUAGAAGAUGAAUUAGCAGAAGAAGGUAAAUUAGCCGAAGAAGGUGAAUUAGCAGAAGAAGGUGAAUUAGCCGAAGAAGGUAUAUUAGCAGAAGGUGAAUUAGCAGAAGAAG